CGCGCAGAGCAGUGCAGUGCGUCGCCUUUCACGGUCCGGUCCAGUCCUCGCGUCGGUCGCUCUCGCCUGCUCCGCGACGGUCGUCCUGCCUUCUGCACGUCAAGGAGCGUCUUCGCGGCCUGGCGCUUGUCCUGCCAGCGUUAUGAGUUAGUCGAGUGGUAAACCACAUUCGUGGAUCGGAGUGAAUUCGGCUUGUGGCGACGCCAGACGAACCGCCUUCAUUCUAUGCUGCUGUGAACACAGGAAAACGGUUCAUCACGUCCGGUGGACUAUAUCGUGACACGUCACUCUGAAGGAAACCCAGCGCACAACACCGGAAGAGUGACCAGGAUGGACUUCAUGAAUGUAGCGAAAUUACCCAAAAAGCGCAAGUACGAUCCGGCAGAAGUAGAAGAACCGGGUUUUGAAUCUAAGCCUUUCAUUCAGUGUCUGCCCUUUUCUAUGGCGUCCUCUGUGUUCCCAUUGGUUACGCCCCCUGCACCGCUUCCGAGUGAAAUGUCGUCUCAACCGCCCCAGAGUGUGUUUGCCUCACCACUUUCCAAGGCUGUGGACUUCUCGGGAUUUGCUGGCAGUGCCCAAGUCAAGACUUUCGGCAUAGCCCAUCGUCCCCUCAUUGUGUCUCCAACGAAACUGUUACCAGUAAUACGGCUGCAGAAAAGAAACUUCGCUGAGAAGAGCCGCGGUUUCAGCUUAGAUGACCCACCAGCCCCCCUCUAUGCGUGGGACACCUUGCUGCCCUUUAUCCCACGAGCAACUUUUCGGGACAGUAUUCCUUCAGUUGCCGGAGCGUAUCAAAUCAAGCCAUAUCUGCCACACUCAGCAUCGGACGAAGGUGAAUAUACGGAAGGCAGUGUUGACACUGAAGAGGACGAUGGCCCGUUCGAAGCAGAACCUUCCACUCGCACCCCUGAUUGUGAUAGAACUACGGGCCCUACCGCAGGGAAAAGACGGACCCAAUCUCUCAGUGCACUGCAAAGUGACAAGGAGCUUGAAAAUCCCUCGGAGUUGGCCAAGGACAAAAUCCGUCGUCCAAUGAACGCAUUUAUGAUAUUCAGCAAGCGACACAGAGCUAUGGUUCAUGAGAGACACCCCAAUCAAGAUAAUCGAACUGUAUCGAAAAUCCUAGGUGAAUGGUGGUACGCUCUUGGAAGUGACGGAAAGAAAAAGUACCAUGAGUUGGCUUCUGAGGUGAAAGAAGCUCAUUUCAAGGCGCAUCCAGAAUGGAAGUGGUGUAGCAAGGAAAAGAAGAAAACGUCCUCAAGUUCGCAAAAAGACGAGACCUGCCACAAAGAAGUGGCGUCUGAAGGAAGCAGUGAGGAAGCCGCACAUUCCCCAUCUGCCACAAGUGAUGUCCCUACUGUCGUUGCAACUCCUCGGGAGGAUGAGAUGGUUGAGGGGACCGCUUUAGAUCCUCCGCCUGCUGAAGUAAAGAUUGAGGAAGACAAAGAAGAUUUCUCAGACGGUCCAUUGGUAAUAUGUGAAGAAACCACCGAGGAACCAAACCCCAAGUGUCCUGAGAAGGGGACUGAUUCAGAGUCUGAGUCACGUUGUGACGCCGAACCUGUUCUCGAAAAUGAUGCGUCUACACAAGAGCGUGUCAGUCCAGUUUCUGUUGUGGACACAAGUACACCAUCAAUCACCACCAGUACAACAGAAGCUGGCUUGGAUGUUGCUGUUAAGAUUGAGUGCUCCAUUGACGACAAAGCGGUCACGACAGAGGACGUCGCUCAGCCGCAACGCUCUCCGGUAAGCCCAACUGGCAUCUCGAGUUUCCAGCCAACUGGUGGCGCAUUUAAACCUAUAUCACCAAAAGUUGUCAAGCCAACUGAUCAGGACAGCUGUUUCAAAGUUUCUAUUAACAGUUCACCUAGUCAAAGCCAAAUCCGAAGCCAGCAGUCGGUGACCUUCGCGUGGAGUGGGUCGAUUGUCACUACAUCGGAUUGCACUUCUUUCUCCGGCUCCUCUGCCCUCAUCAGUCAGACACAGGAGCUUCCAGGGAGUCUUCCGAAGUUGGCCACUGAUCUUCCCUCCCCGUCCUCCUCCGAGGCUGGACCCCAGGACACCAAUACUUUCGUGCUUGCACCGACUCCUGCACAGCUAGGCAUUGCUCCUCUGCAAAGACGACAAUUAUUAGAUGCGCCUACUGCCAGUUCUAGUUGUUUUGCAAAUGAAGAAGAUAAGCGGGACAAUCAGAUUAUAUCUGUGCCGGAAGUACUGAAGAAUCCCUCUGAACCUACCAUUAUUGGAAACACGCCGUCAUCCGAAGUGGCAUCCCCUUCGGCAGCAUCCAAGAAGCACUUUUUCCGAAAGGUUAUCGACGAUGGCAUGGAGGAAGUGCUAGAACAAGUUAAUUUCGCUGUCAAGUUUUCAUCACUACCCCAAUUUAAACCUGACGAAUGUUUGUCGCCUAGUGCUAUAUGUGCAACACCUAACGCAAUGCAUCAGAAUGUGCAAAACAAUGAAAGACCGAGUCCAAUGGACAAAACAGUGGCGUCAGAUGGAUCUGUUCCUCCGACUCCAAAGUCGGGCAAGCUUGUUGGCAACACAUUCUUCGGCCCCAACUUCAAUCCUGAAGUAUUUAGUCGAGGAGCCGAGCACAGAGAAAAUAUUGAGGGUAGCACUCCGAGAACUCCUAAAACACCAGGAACUGGUAAAGAGGCUGAGAAAGGACACCGUAAGCUCCUUGAGCAGAGACGCAAGCUCGUCGUGCAAUUUUUUAAUGAACAUGGACUUUUCCCUACAACAGCUGCUACAAGUUCAUUUCAGAGCGAGCACAGUGAUAUCUUCCCAAAUAAAAGCUGUCUGCAGUUAAAAAUAAGGGAAGUCCGCCAGAAAUUGAUGGCUUGCAAUAAUUCACCAGGAGGCCAGUUAAACAGUCCAUUGCGCUCUGGAUCCGAAUCAGCCUGCACCACUCCAGGUUCUUCUUCUCCAGCUCCCCAUCAAAAUAGCAACUCAAGCUCUGCAACAUCCACGCCAGCAUUCUUAGGAAUUUGCUCCUGAAAGCGUAGACUGGUUUAUAUUCCUUGCUCCAAGACCGAGAUGCUGCCUUUUUCGUUAACUUGGCCAACCUUGCCUCUUCCUCCCAUCAAGACUUUUAGUAGUAUAUCUGUAUUUAUUUAUUCAUUUAUUUAUUUAUCUUUUUAUUUAUAUUACCUGUAUGAAGUUUGAAUUCAUUGUAAUUCGCUUGCAAUGUUUUGAUUGAUGUGACAACCCUCCAUGGAAGGCAGAAGCACUGAGGGUUUUAUGUUUGACUUCUUAAUGAUUAAUUUCAGUCAAAAUUGAGUUAAAAGCUAAGUUUUAUUGGUUC